AUGUCCACCGAAACUAAAACUUUCUUAAAAUUCUCUAUUCCACAAAUUAUUUUAAUGGUUAUUAAUUCUUCUCAUUUAACUUUACUUAAAAAUAUUAUUUUUAUUUUUGUAAUGUAUCGUUAUGGUAGAAUUCUAUUUAAUAAACUUGUAAUUCAAGGAGUUCGUCGUACUCUUUAUGAUUUAUAUAAGAUUGUUGGUAGUAAAUUAAUAAAAGUAAUUAAGAGUACACCAAGUGGUAAAGCAAAAAUUCAAGGAGAACUUGAUAAAGCUAUUAAAGGAAUAGAAGAAAAAUUUGCACUAAAAGAAGAAGAAGGGAUACCCAGAUAUAUUGAAUUACCAAAUAUUGGAUUUGAUGAUCAAAAACUUCGUGAAGAAUUAAAAAGGCAAGAUAAUAAUGGGCGUGUUUCAGGAACUGUAUAUCAUGGAGGUCGAGAACAUUCCAAGAUGAUAUCUGAAGCAUAUGCUAUGUUCUCUAAUACUAACCCUUUACAUGCUGAGAUAUUUCCUGGUGUACGCAAGAUGGAAGCAGAAGUUGUUUCCAUGGUAUUAAAAUUGUAUAAUGCACCUAGUAGUGCGGGAGGAACUACUACAUCAGGAGGUACGGAGAGUAUAUUAAUGGCAUGCCGAGCAUAUCAUACAAUUCAUGCAGCUUUUGAUAAAGCAGCAGAUUAUUUUAAUAUAAAAAUUGUUCAUAUUCCUAUUGAUCCUAUAACUUGUAGGGUUGAUAUUAUUGCAGGAUCAGCACCAAAUUUUCCUCAUGGAAUUAUUGAUGACAUUCCUUCAUUGGCUACAAUUGCUGAAAAACAUAAUAUUGGAUUACAUGUAGAUUGUUGUUUGGGAAGUUUUUUAAUACCAUUUUUGGAAGAAGCCGGAUUUCCUGCUCAACCUUUUGAUUUUAGAAUACCCGGAGUUACCUCAAUUUCUUGUGAUACACAUAAGUAUGGAUUUGCGCCCAAAGGUUCUUCUGUGAUAAUGUAUCGUACAAAAGCACUACGUAAAUAUCAAUUUUUUUUUGCAACUGAAUGGACUGGAGGAAUUUAUUUAUCACCGACGAUGGCCGCACUUAUUGCUGGAUGUUGGACAGCAUUAAUGAGAUUGGGUAAAUAUGGAUAUAUUGAUGCAACAAAAAAGAUUGUAGGAUGUACUAAAAAGAUCGAAGUAGGAAUUCGUAAAAUAGAUGAUUUAUUUGUAUUGGGGAAACCAUUGGUUUCAGUAAUAGCUUUUGGAUCAAAUACAUUAAAUAUAUAUAAUAUAGGAGAUAAAAUGAAUGAACGAGGAUGGAAUUUAAAUUCAUUACAAAAUCCUCCAGCAAUUCAUAUUGCUUGUACAUUAUUAACAGUUCCACACGCUGAACAAUUUAUAAAAGAUUUACAAGAUUGUGUAAAUGAGGCUAAAUCUGAUUCAAACAAAAAUUCCGAGGGUACCGCAGCGAUUUAUGGUAUGACAGCUAGAUUACCUGAUAAAUCUCUUACGAAUGAAGUAUUAGGUGGUUAUUUGGAUACAAUUUAUUCUAUUUAG